AUGGCCGUCGGACGAAGCGCAGCUCUUAAGAUCGACUGGGUCAAGAUCGGCACCUCGCUGGGUCUCAAGGGCCAGACCGCAACUGCCCUGCAGUCCUUCAAGAAGCGCAACGAUGAUGCCCGCCGCAAGGUCCAGACGCUCUCUGAGCAGCCCCAGACCGUCGACUUCGCCAAGUACCGCUCCCUUUUGAAGAACCAGGCCGUCGUCGACGAGAUUGAGAACCACUUCAAGAGCUUCCAGCCCGUCACCUACGACGUCAGCCGCCAGAUCAAGGCCAUUGAGGCUUUCGAGGCCCAGGCCAUCAAGAACGCCGAGGAGACCAAGGGCAAGGUCGACCUUGAGCUCCAGGACCUUGACAGAACCCUCAAGAACAUUGAAGAGGCUCGGCCAUUCGAGGACCUCACUGUCGACGAGGUCGUUGCCGCCCGCCCCGACAUCGACGAGCGCACUGCCCAGCUUGUUUCCAAGGGCCGCUGGUCCGUUCCCGGCUACAAGGAGAAGUUCGGCGAUCUCUCCGUUCUCUAAGCUCGUUCGUCUGUAUAGAUGGAUUCAAACGGGUCGUGGGAUCAUGAGCUCAUGUUGCAUUUGUGCUGUAGCAAGAUACAGGUUCUCUUUUCUGUUAAUGCGGGAAGAGUGUGGGAUCGGAACCGCUUUUGGGUUUGUUGCCUGCAGCCCACUUCAUCCUACUGUAGUUGUAUAGAUAAUCCCGC